AGGAGAGCUGUUUCAUUUCAAUAAAAUGGAUCUCUGGACUGUGUUUUUCUGCUUUCUGCUCGUCACUGUGCGCUCAGAAGUGCAGAGAGAUUUUUCCCCUGAAUGCCGUGAAUUCAUGUAUAUGGGCACACCCCCGCGGGGUCUGGAGAACCGCUCGCUGAAAAAGAUCUGCCAGCGUUAUAAUGGCAAGCCCCGGUAUGUCACUCUGUAUGAUGUGGUGGAUCACAUCCCGGUGUAUUCUGCCUACACUUUCAAACGCUCCGACGGCGUCAAGAAGGUUGAUGUUCCUUGGAUGUUCGAGCCUCAGCUCUCCACAGAAACAGACUCUGGUGAGAUGCAGCCAUUUCCUUCCAAUGAUGUCCACGAAAGUUUUGCAGAAGCCCAGGCCAUCUUGGAAGACUACUCAAACAUUGUUGAUUUCGAACGAGGCCAUCUGAACCCCGACGAGCACCAGGCUCACCCCGAUGACAAGGCAGCCACGUACACCCUCACCAAUGUGGUCCCACAGAUCCGCGAGUUCAACGUGGGCUACUGGAAACAACACGAGCACAUCAUCCGCCGUCGACUCAACAACUACUGCCGCGGUAAGGCCUACAUAGUCACGGGGGUCACCACAUCUGGUAAGAUGAUCCGUAGAAACAACAUCGACCGAGUGGCCGUUCCCACCUACCUGUGGUCGGCAUACUGCUGCGUAGAUUACGAUCACAAUGCCCCGUUCGACGAGCGAUCCAAAUUCCCUGUCUUUGCAGCUCAUGGGCUCAACGAGAAAGAAGGAGCAGAGGUCAUAGAGAUGUCUGUGCAGCAACUGGAAGAUUUUUUGAGGAAGAACACCUUUGUGGACAAGAGGUUUCAGAUUUUCUUUGGGAACUGUGAGCCUAAUGAUGCCAUAAUGUCAGUCAAGACUUAGACGUCUUCAUCCUGUUUCUCUAAAACUCAUAAAAUAAUAUCUUUCACUGAUCAGAAUUGUGUUCUGUAGAAUGAAUAUUCUGGCAUACACUCUUUAUUUUAUAACCUAAUGACACAGAAAAGGCCAUUUUAGAUUCCACUGAAAACAUUGUUUAGUUCUUUACAAAACAAUUUUUUUGCAUCUACACUUCCGUUCAAAAAGUUUGGGGUCAGUGAGAUU